AUGUCAGUACCCCAUUCUAAAGAUCAGUCGCUCCUAGAUGAUGCAUCCACAUUAUUACUGUUUUCUAAGGGGAAAAACAGACCUGAAGAAGCCUCAAAGAAAGAUUCUAAAGCUGACACUAUUGAGCACGAUGAAUGCCAUGAGAGUGAGAAAAUGGGAGCAAUAGCAAUGACAGCAGCUGCAUCGGUUCCCUUGCCUCCCAAAAAAUCAACUGAGCAAUCGAUGACGGCAGCAACAGUAACAACAACUACCAAGGAAGAGCACACCGAGAAGCAACCUCCAUGGCCAGUACCUGACUCGUACAUAGUCGAUCCCGAUGCGGGUAUUAUUACAUGUAUAUGUGAUUUGAAUGAUGAUGAUGGAUUCACUAUCCAAUGUGACCACUGCAAUCGAUGGCAGCAUGCUAUUUGUUAUGGUAUCAAGGACAUUGAAAUGGCACCUGAUGAUUACCUCUGUAACUCCUGCGAUCCAAGAACAGUAGAUAUUGAUUUGGCUAGGCAAAUACAGCGGGAACGCUUAGGUGUAAAAACAGUAUACCCUUCUAUGUCUAGUAACGGUUCCAGUAAUAAGAAUAAUAGUCGAGAUAGGGCCCCUAGUAUAUCCAAUAGCGAUGGCGGUGAGAGCUUGUCAGCAGAUCGAGAAAAUAGUAACCACAAGGACAAAAGAAGGAAAAAAACCCCAUCUAAUAAUAGAGCAGAGUCAAAAAACGAAAGCGCAUCAGCCAGUUCUUUUGAGACGUUGGUUACUACGCAAAAGAAAAAAGAGCAUUUUCUGAGUGCUAAAGAUGCAUAUGGUGCGAUUUAUUUACCUUUGAAAAAAUACGUGUUUAAAGACGAACUGAUGGAAUUAUUCUUAGAUAAACACAAGGACGAUGACUGCAUAAUACAAUACCCCCAUAAGACAUUCAAAGCUAUGUCUAUUGAAGUCAAACCGUACGCUGAUAUCGCAUAUUCGAGGACUUAUCCAGGCUUUACAAAAUUAGGAGUUUAUCUUAAGAGGGACUGUGUGAAAGGUGAUUUCAUUCAGGAGAUUUUGGGAGACCUAGAUUUCCGUAGUAAUUAUCUCACAGACCCACGAAAUCAAUAUAGAGUAUGGGGUACAGCUAAGAGAAGAGUUAUCUUCCAUUCUCAUUGGCCGAUAUAUAUAGAUGCGCGCCUAUCAGGGAACUCAACUAGGUAUUUAAGAAGAAGUUGCCAGCCAAACGUUGAACUAGUAACCAUAAAACUACAAGAUGCAGAAAAUACAAAUGAUAAAAAUAAUAAAAUAAAGUUUGUUCUAAGAGCUCUAAGAGGCAUUUCAGAGAACGAAGAGUUGUAUAUCAAGUGGCAGUGGGAUUCACGACAUCCUAUAUUAAAGUUAAUCGGUGACACAACAAUAGACUCUUUAACUGACCUUGAAAAAUAUGGCUUGAUAAAUUCUAUAGAAACAAUUUUGAGCAACGGUGAAUGUGGUUGUGGAAAUAACUCCAAAGAUUGCUAUUUACUGAAAGUGAAGAGGUACUCACAGAGUCUUUAUAAAUCUGUGAAAUCUAGAGCGAAAAUGAGCAAUAGAUAUAAGUUGAACGAAAUUCUCAACCAAUAUGAGCAUAAAAAGAGACGCGAACCACCGAUUUUACAUAGGUUAGAAGAAAAAGCUGUAACUGCAAUUGAAAAAGCUCCAAUAAUUUUGAAUACUUUUCAUCAACGAAAAUUCUUAGAUCGGACUGACGGUACUAAAAGCUCUCGAAAAGAUUCUAUUACUGGUGCGUAUGAAGAUCAAGGUAUUGUAAAACCUUUCAAGUUCAAUUUAUUCACGCAGUAUUCCUCGAAUGUACCUGUUCCCAAAAAUAUUGAGGCUAGGGAAAAGCCUCUCAUAAUAAAGAAAAGCUCAGACUAUGAUGAAUCUCACAUCACUAAUAUUAAAGAGUUACCAAUUCCAGUUCCUUUGCCAGUGAGUAAGACCUCAUGGCAAACUGUAACAGAUUUCAAUAACGUGCAAUCAAAGAAUGAGCACAUAGCUAGAACACUUUCUCUUCCAAAUUCUAAUAAAGAAUUAUUAGAAGAAAAAGAACAAAAUCAAAAUAAAACUGGAGAAAUUACGACAGAAGCCUUAACAAAUUCAAAACAGGAAUUGUCUCCAGAGAGUAUAAUGCAUUUAUCCGAUUUUUCGUCCUCACAACUACAUUCGAAAAAAAAACUAAGCUUUGCAGAUUACAAGAAAAAGCUACUGAAAUAA